AAACAUCAAGAAGCAGGCCCAGCAGCAGCACUACAAGAACAAACUGCACAUCAACAAAAUCAACAAAGGUCAACUCCCUCCACUACUGACGCAGCAAUCCUAAACCUUCUCUCCCGUCCGGAUGAACUAGCCGAAUUACAAUUUAGAGCGACCGAGGCAGAACGGCUAUCACCUGAGAAACAGAAAUUGGUGAACAAAGUCGAUGAGCUGAUGGAAGAGCAGCAGAUGCUUCACGUUGAACGCCUUGCCCGUGGCGAUCCUACUGCUCACACGGCAGCUACCUGCAUGUUCACUUUGGAUGACUUGGAGGAUCUUCUGAAGAAGGGAAGAGUCAGUGCUUGUUCUGCAGGUGGUGGCGGAGGAGGUGCUGGCGCUAGUGGGGGAUGGAGUCGGACUAGUUCUGCUAGAAAUAACGAAGUAGAGAACGAAGAUAAAAUGAAUGCAGUAGAGGGCGCUACACCAGUCAGCGCAAAUCCUGUGCUGAGCAGUGCGUCGGCAAAUACUAGCUCUAGUAGCGCAUUAGUUGUGCUUCCAACAGCACCAACAUCUUCUUCAUCGCUUGUUGUGCCGCAGAUAUCUUCUGUGCCGCCGAUGGACACAGGACUAGUUUUAUCAGCGAGUAGAAGACCCCGAGGCCGACCUCGCGCUGGUUCAGGCGAGUCUGAAAACUCACAACCUUCCAAGCCGAAAGCGAAGGGAAAGGGCACAAAGGGCACGUCUACUGCGAAACCACGUCAGAAAAAGAGGAAUAAAGGUAAAUUGAAGAGCAAAAAUGGUGAUAGUAGUGAGCCAAGUUCUUCGUCGGAGAGUGAGUACGUGCCAGAAUCCUCAAAU